AUGGUGUCUCCAUCGGUUACUGUUAUCAUUAUUACGUCAUCAACCUUUAUCGGACAUUGCUGUCCAAUAGAUGUUGUAGUAGCUAACGGGCAGGAACCCGGUCAAACUGGGGCACCAACGGUUUUCAUGGGACACAUAUCACAUAACGGAAAUGAGGGUGAUAUAUGGGAUGUACGGAAAAUCUUCAACCGAGAAGUCCAGUCUCCUGGGUGCGAAAUGGAAGGUGUACAAACAGGCGAAUAA